AUGCCGCCGCCGUCCUCGCCGCCCAAGGAGGAAGUCAUGACAUUGAUCAGCGGCACACGCGCGCGCACACAUGCACACAUGCACACGCAGGCGGCGGCGCCCCCGCCUGGGCGAGCGGCAGGGCGAGCCGUCGGGGCACGUGACGCCGGGGCCCGGCCCAUCAACAACAACGAGCACGUGCGGGAAGCCCGAGGGCUUGCAGACAAGGUUGCAAAUACUCCCAACAUCUCCAACCAAGGGUUUUGGCUGGAGCUGCAGGUAUCAAUGAGCAGCGGCCUUUUGUGGUGCACCAUUGAACUGCAGGUGGCCACUACUCAGUGUAGUCCUGUGAGCUGCAUAACCCUGACUGUUCCACAGAAGUCUGUAAACACAACAGUUGGUGGAAACAUCACUCUUCUCUGCACAUAUCAACUGCAGGAGCCCGGACCGAAGCUGUUAAUCCAGUGGAGUUUUUACAGUGCCAGACAGAAAAACAGCACAUCAGUUUAUUAUUCACAGAGCGGUGUGUCAUACACUUCUCCAGCUUUUAAGGGCCGAAUCCAAAUUGCAAACAGCACAGGAAAUGCAACACUAACAAUCUUCAACAUGCAGUCAUGGGAGACAGGUAUUUAUACCUGUGAAGUUUUGAAUCCUGGAGGUGCAGGUGGCCAGAGUGAAAAAUCAAUAUCCGUCAGCGUACUAGUCGCCCCCUCCAAGCCGAUUUGCAGCUUCGGUCAAAGCCGCCAUCCUGAGAUUGAAUUUGGCCACAUGGUCACUCUCUUCUGCUUUUCUAACAAUGGCCUGCCGAACCCGACGUACCAGUGGCAUAGACUGAUGGGAGACACCGUUAAGCCUGUGACAGAGCUCUACGAUCCUCAAACUGGCUCCUUGGUUAUUGGUAACCUGACAAAGUUUGAAGAAGGCUACUACCAGUGCACGGCUUCUAACUCUCUUGGAAACAGCACCUGUCAAAUCGACCUCACUACAAAACAUUCAGAAAGCGGCAUUAUUAUUGCAGCAUUAAUUGCAGCUAUCCUAGCAGCUGCUCUGAUCUGCAUUAUCGUCUGGAUUGUAGCCUCAAAGGAGACGAAAAAGAAGAGAAAAGAAAAAGCUGCCAAAGAAGAAGUGCAGAUUACGACUCAGAAAGAGCCCCUGACCGCUGAGUAUGCAGCUGUGCCCAGCCAGGAAAGUGUACCUGUUGCAGCUGUGCCAUCAAGCAAAGAAUCCAAUGAGACAAACGAAUAUGUUACCCCCGAGGAGAUCGAACUUGCCGAAGUGCCCGAAAACGAGAUGCAAGAAACGGAGCACCAACCCAUCGCCUAA